AUGUCGAAUACAGCGUCAGAUCUUUCAAAGGUAUUAGAAGGAUCGAAUCACUCGAAGAAAAGAAAGAGAAGAAGAAAUAAUAAAGGGAAAUCAACGACACAAAAUUCUCCAACAGCCGCUUCAAGUACUGAAACUAAUGAAUUACCAACUGAAAAUGACAAUAAAAAGAUAAAGUUUGACGAUGAUAGUGGUAAUAAUGGCGAUAUCUUAAAUAUUCGUGAUAAUGGUCUGUCUGUAAAGCUCACAGGUACGGAUGACGAUAAAUUAAUAGACGCAAAUCUUAGCGAUGAGACGGAAGAGAAAAUAAUAAAACCUAAAAAGAGCAUAGAACAAAGCACUACGGACCCCAGGAAGGCAAAAAAGAUGAAAAAAGUUGUGAAUUAUGAAGAUAGUGAAGAAGAUGAGGACGAAGGAAAUAAUUCAUACUAUAAGUCAAAAGAUUUAUCUAAUUCGCAAUUAUCGAAGAAAGCAUCUGAUCUAUACGAGGUACGUCAAAAAUUACCAAUCUUUCAGCAUAAGGAUGAAAUACUCCGGUACGUAAAUAAGAACCAAGUAACAGUUAUUAUUGGUGAAACUGGUUCUGGUAAAUCUACACAAAUACCACAAUUUUUAAUGCCGACGAAUAGAAAACAAAUAGCAGUUACGCAACCUCGUAGAGUUGCAGCCGCAUCCUUGGCAGCAAGAGUCAGUGAAGAAUAUGGUUGUCGGUUGGGUCAAGAAGUUGGUUAUCAAGUUAGAUUUUCUAACGUUACACAUCCCCAUAAAACCAAGUUGAAGUAUUUAACUGAUGGUAUGCUUUUAAGAGAAAUUAUGCUUGAUGGAAACCUUAAUAAAUAUUCCACAAUUAUUAUUGAUGAGGCCCAUGAAAGAACAAUUUUGACCGAUUUGAUUAUGGGUUUCUUGAAAGAGUUAAUUGUCUCUAAAAAGAGGGCUGAUUUGAAAAUAAUAAUUAUGUCUGCCACUUUGAAUGCUGAACUAUUUAGUAAAUUUUUUGAUCAAGCACCAAUCUUGUUCGUUGAGGGUAAGAUGUAUCCUGUUUCCAAACAUUACUUGGCAGAUUCAACAGAGGAUAUUGCAGAUACUAUGGUCAGAAGUAUAGUUCAGGUUAACAUGUCCGAACAAGAAGGUGAUAUUCUCUGUUUCUUACCAGGUCAGGAAGAAAUUGAUAGUUGUGUGAAUAUUUUACAACAAGUUGCACCUCAGUUACCUAGAGAGGCGCCUCUAAUUGUCGCUUUACCACUUUAUGCAGCCUUAUCACCAGCCCAACAGCUGAAAAUCUUUGAAAAGCUUCCAGGAAGAAAAAGAAAAGUCAUUUUAGCUACAAAUAUUGCAGAGACAUCGAUUACUGUUAGCGGAGUUAAAUAUGUUAUCGAUUCGGGACUUCGAAAAGUAAAGGUAUGGAAACAUCAACUAGGUCUAUCUACUUUAUUAACUACACCUAUAUCUCAAGCUUCUGCGAAGCAAAGAGCAGGUAGAGCAGGUAGAGAAUCACCUGGUAAGGUAUUUCGUUUGUACCUGGAGAAGACAUUUUUUAAUCAAUUGCCAAAACAGCAAGAGUCUGAAAUUAUGAGAAAUGAUAUUGUAUUACCAAUAUUGACUUUGAAGAAGAUUGGGGUUGAUGAUUUACUCAAUUGGACGUGGCUAGAGCAUCCAGGACAAGAAGCAAUUCUAAGCGCAUUGACUACUUUGUACUCAUUGGGUGCUUUGGAUGAUAGCGGUAAGAUUACUAAACUAGGAUAUAAGAUGUCCGUCUUGCCACUUCCUCCACAACUUUCUGUUGUUUUAUUAAGUGCCUUAGAUUUUGGUGUGCUAAGCUCAGUAAUAGAUAUAGUUGCUUGUAUUUCUGUGGAUAACUUAAUUUUGAACGUGGGAAGCGGUAACGGGGAAAUCAGGGAUGAAAUCAAUUUUAAAAGACGUAAUUACUGCCCAUUAGGAUGCAAGCAAGGUGAUCUAAUUGCAGUAAAGGAAUUCUUCAGUUACUACAAGGAAUUAAUAGAUAAUGGCAAUACUUCUGAAGCAAAAGCGUGGUGUAAGGAAUUGCACUUCAGUUAUAAGGGCUUCAAAAAUGUUAUGAGAGUUAGAAAUCAAUUGAAGGACUACAUGAUGGCUACCGUAAGACAAGACGAUACCCUCAAACAACAUGAAAGAGAUCAACAAUUAAGGAACAUUAAAUUACAACUUGAUGCUGAAUCUCUUUUAGAUGAUGAUUCAGACGCCGAUACGGGUGUCUCUAAACAACCUCUUGAUAUUCCUGCAAUUUUAAAAUCAUUCUUGAAAGGAUAUAUCACUAAUACUGCCAUUGGUAUGCCCGAUAGAUCAUAUAGAACAUGCACCACUGGUCAGCUUAUUAGUAUACAUCCAUCUUCUACUUUAUUUGGUAAAGCUAAUCUUGAUGCAAUUAUGUAUAUAGAAUAUGUUUAUACUGCAAAAGGCUACGGCAGAAAUUGUUCCGUUAUUGAAUUAGGCUGGCUUCAAGAAAUAGCUCCACAGUUGCUUGGAGCCUCUAAAAUCAGUAUAAAUGAAUAA